GCAACAGUCUUGUUGAUUGACGCCUUGAUAGUUGGUGAAGGUAACCUGUUCGCGAGGAGCCAAAUUUAAAAUGGAAAACUGGGAAGAAGAGUACAACGGAGACGGUGCUGCUACCGCAAAGCCUGCUCCGGCUGAACUGAAAUGUCCAUAUGAUGACCGUAAGAGAGAAAAUGUUUUUUUCGGGGUAAGAAAUGGAGCCAAGUUCGGAGCCUCUAGGGAGUGGAGAGCUGAUGGCGGUCAGAGAGGUGGAGGCCCCGGAGGAAGACGGACAUUUGUGGAAGAUAGGUCGGGCUCCUCCGAGCCCGUGGCCAUCACUGUGGAAAAUGUGUCAGUCGGAAGGAUAAUAGGUCGCGGAGGAGCGAAAAUUCGUGAACUAGAAGAGAGUACUGGUGCGAGAAUCAAGAUAAACAAAGGGGACAAUGAAGGUGAAGUGCUCAUCUUUGGGUCCUCUGCUGCCCAGGAGAAGGCCAAAGAGAUGAUUGAAGACUUGGUGGCAGGUGGCGGCUCUCAAUUUUACAAUGGUCCUGGUAAAGGGCACAGCUAUGAAAGAAGAGGAGGAGGAGGAGAUCACACAGGGAGGUAUCAUGAAGGAGUAAGGAAUUCCUCCGUGUGGUCUGCUUCAGAACGACGGGCUGCACAGGUUGUCCCAGCGUGCCCAUCCAUAGACUGGAACGCCAUGCGAGAGAACAAGGGAAAAUAUGAAGAGCUGAAGUGGCAGAACCUCCCACCCUUGAAGAAGAAGUUUUACACUGAGGCAGAGAGCGUGUCCAUGCUCACAGCAGAAGAAGUCUGUGAAUGGAGGAAGGAAAAUAAUAAUAUCUUUGUGGAUGACCUGAAGGAGGGUGGGGAUAAACGGCCGAUUCCCAAUCCCUGUCGCACCUUCCUGGAAGCAUUCGAGCCCUAUCCAGAGAUUAUGGAAAAUAUUGACAGAGUUGGCUUUGUCAAACCAACCCCCAUUCAGACUCAGGCGUGGCCAGUGCUCCUGAGCGGGGAGGAUUUGAUAGCCAUUGCUCAGACAGGAACAGGGAAAACGCUGGCCUACCUGCUGCCUGGAUUCAUCCACAUGGAUGGACAACAUGUACCCAGAGCUGAGAGGGGGGGUCCAGGCAUGUUGGUGCUGACUCCAACCAGAGAGCUGGCCCUGCAGAUUGAAACUGAGUGCAACAAAUACCGCUAUAAGGGCUACAACAGUAUCUGUAUCUACGGUGGAGGUGACAGGAGAGGCCAGAUCAACAUGGUGAAGGGCGGGGUGGACAUAGUGAUCGCUACACCAGGUCGACUGAAUGAUUUGCAGAUGAACGAGCUCAUCAAUCUUCGCUCCAUCACCUACUUGGUGCUGGAUGAGGCUGACCGUAUGUUAGACAUGGGCUUUGAACCGCAGAUUAUGAAGAUUCUCUUAGACAUCCGUCCAGACCGACAGACUGUCAUGACCAGUGCCACGUGGCCCGCUGGUGUGAGGCGAUUGGCCAAAUCCUACCUCAAGAAUCCCAUGAUGGUUUAUGUGGGCACUCUGGAUUUGGCGGCAGUUAACACUGUGCAACAAACGGUGCUGAUUGUUCGAGAAGAGGAGAAAAAGUUCUACGUGUUUGACUUCAUCCGUAACAUGCUGCCGGAGGAGAAAGUCAUCAUCUUUGUUGGCAAGAAAGUUUUGGCUGAUGACCUGUCCAGUGACAUGUGUCUGCAGGGUCUGUCUGUGCAGAGUCUCCAUGGUGACCGUGAGCAGUGUGACCGUGAAGCUGCUCUCAAAGACUUUAAAGAGAAUCGAGUUCGUAUCCUGGUCGCCACAGACUUGGCAUCCCGAGGUUUGGAUGUCCUUGACAUAACGCAUGUCUUUAACUAUGACUUUCCCCGUAACAUAGAGGAGUAUGUUCAUCGUGUGGGGCGCACCGGCCGAGCAGGACGUUCAGGCGCUGCUGUUACCCUGGUAACAAGAGAAGACUGGAGGAAGGCCCCGGAGCUGAUUCCCAUCCUGGAACGGGCAGGACAGGAAGUCCCCGAGGAGUUGGUGCUUAUGGCAGAGAGAUAUGAGAAGCACAAGAGGGAGAAGGAAAUGUGCGAUCCAAGGGGAGGACGAGGAGGAGGGGGAGGGGGAGGAGGGAGGAGAUAUGGUGGAGGGAGAGGUGGCAGGGACCAAGGCCACAAGUGGUGAUUUUGUCUAUGUGAGUCUACACGUUAAACUCGCUUUCUACUCAGGUUUACAAAACAACUUAUUUACGUAUAAAUGGAGUGCUAAGUUCAUUAGACAACAUAAAACAUUUUUUAAAAUAUUUAUAUUUUUCUGGUAUUUUAGUUUGAAGAAUAAUUUUGUAGUAAUGUAAUUUUUCUGUUUUCCCAGCAGAGUGGAACUGAAUCUGAAGCUGAAAUGAUAUUUGCAUUUCAUUUAAAUGCAGAUUUCAGUUGUUUGUUUUUUAGUUAAUUUCUUAUUUUUCUGCAUAUUAUCCAUUAUUAUUUGGUUAUAUAUAGAGAUUUUUUUUGUUUCUGUGUGAAACUUGUCAAAUCUACUUUUGUUUAUGAAUCUGAGUACCUUGUAGAAUUUUUUGAAUGUUGUAUAAUUUUUUGAUUUCAAUAGAAAGUAGUCUAAUAAAUAGUAAUUUUAAGACAUGA